CAUGCGUGACUGAGUAGUGAUUUUAUCGAUAAUCGGAAAAAAGAUUUGUCAUUUUAGUUUGCGAAACGGACAUGUGACAGAUGAUUGUCAGUGGUUCUCAUGUGACUCUCCAUAUCCGUCCGUGAAAACGCGGCGAAAGAUAACUUCACGGAAAAUAUCCCACCUGACGGCCAAUCCGUAUUGAACAAGUAUAUGUGCGAUAGUUGAGCAUGUUUCGGUAUUUCGGAACUUCUGGAUCCGCCGAAUAAAUUUUUGCAAAAGUGCGAUUGCGCGCGUGCAUGUGUGCUCUUAUGCUUGUAUGUGUGUGACAUAUGUACGACUCGUUUGGCCGAAAUAUCGCAGCUGAUCGCAGGUGAAAUUAACGUGAUGGCUCGUUCGUUCGUGUCCCUCGCAUCAGUACCCGAUUGCAUCCGGCCAUUCAUUCGAUCGUAUUGAUAUUCAUGACGUGUAAUCGAGUCACGCGUUACGCUGGAAAGAAUAAUUGAAUUCAAACCCUUCGCGACUCGCUGAACCAUUUUUGCCCUGUCACCGUGACCGAAUAAUAGAACACUGUAACUGGGACUGCCGGACGACGUACAAGAUGGAUAGCAAUAAGGACGAGGCAGAUCGGUGCACCGAACUCGCGGAGCGAUAUAUGCGAGAGAGAAAAUACGAGGAAGCCGAGAAGUUUAUCCGCAAAGCCCAGAAACUCUAUCCGACGAAGAAGGCUGAGGAAUUGUUGGCGGAAGUGACGAUACUCUCAAAGCAAAACCAAAAACCUGAAUCUGCUGAGCCUACUGUUAGAAAACGUCAAAAUGUUACUAAAGAAGGAACACAUUCCCAGACUAAUUCUGAUUAUACGAAAGAACAGUUGGAUCAUGUCAAAAGGAUAAAGAAAUGCAAGGAUUAUUAUGAGAUUUUAGGAGUCAGCAAAGAAGCUACAGACAGCGACAUUAAAAAAGCUUACAAGAAAUUAGCCCUCCAAUUACAUCCUGACAAAAAUAAAGCACCAGGUGCUGCUGAAGCUUUUAAAGCUAUUGGUAAUGCGGUUGCCAUUCUUAUUGAUACGGAGAAGCGGAAACAAUAUGACAUGUAUGGUCCUGAAGAAGAGCGAAUGCAAAGUGCGCAACAUCGCCAAGGUCAUACACAUUAUAAUUAUACUCGUGGAUUUGAAGCUGAUAUCACAGCUGAGGAGUUAUUUAACAUGUUCUUCGGCGUUGGUUUUCCACAACAAGAAUUUUAUAUGCGUCGACCAGGUGGUAGAUGGAUGAGACAGCAAGAGCAAGCACAACAUACCCAUUCUCAGCAAGCAAAUGGAUAUACUACAUUUCUUCAAAUGUUACCAGUCUUGUUACUAAUAUUGUUAACUAUGAUGAGCAGUUUUUUCAUAUCUGAUCCAGUAUAUAGUCUGCAUUCAAAUUCGAAAUAUUCUGUGGCGAGAACAACUCAAGGUUCACAAAUUACAUAUUAUGUUAAAGAGAACUUUCACAGUGAAUAUCAAGGCAGUUUACGUAGGCUAGAAAUUUCAAUUGAAGAAGAGUAUUUCAAUAAUUUAAGACAAGCUUGUGCCAGAGAGAAGAACUACAGGGAAGCCAUGAUGUGGAAAGCCCGUAAUUUCGGAGAUCAUGAUUUAUAUCUCAAAGCUAAAAAUCUCGAAAUACCUUCAUGCAAAAGAUUACAAGAAAUGCAAGAGAGAGUCUGAUAGGUGAAAAAUGUGAAUUAAAUAGAAGUCUAUUGUAGAUAGAUGUAUAUUUAUAUUUAUAUAUAUGUAUAAUUGUCUUUGGGUGUGAUGAAAAUUUGGCAUAUAAAAUGCAGUUACAUAUAUCAGUUUCUAUACACCCAGAGGGGUUAAUCAUGUAUUUCAAGUCCACACAGAGAAUACAUAUUUGGACUACUUUUUAGCUGUUUAUUCUAUGUAUUAAUUAUAAAUUGCAUAAUGAAUGAUCAAAUUAUGCAAUGUGAAUGAAGUUUUAAUCUUUAGUUGGACUCGCACGAGUAAAGAUACAUUAAAGAAAAUUUUUCUGCUUUUGUAGAUCCUAUAAUCUCUUUAAAUGAAUGUGCGUAUAUAUGUAUAUACACACAUAAUAUUUAUAAAUUUAUUAUUUAAAAAUUAUAUAUAUAAAUAUAUAUUGAGAAAAUAAAUACUCCAACUUUUCAUACAAACGGAUGAUAGUGAAACAUCCUUAAAUAGAGAUCUUAAUAGUCAUUUUGAAUACUCGGUUAUUUAUAAUGAGCAAAAUGAAAGCCUAGUACUUUUAUUAGUACAACUACAUAAAUCAUUUAGAUGAAUAUCGUAUGUAUAUAAAUUCACAAAUUUGCGAGUCCACAAUUUAUUUCGUAAUAAAAUAUUACAAUGCCUUUUUCAAUUGUAAUUGAGAAAGUACAUCUAAUGUCAGUUAUUUAUAUUUACAGUUGGAAUGUUAAAAAACAGUGGCCUAUUAAGUGUAUGCAUUUUUGGCAAUUUUUAAAGAUAAAUUUAUAGUUAUACAAUUUAACAAGGAAAAAGAAUAAAAUUCGACAAGGCUA